AUGGCCGUCGGCGCGGGGCCGCAGCGGUUCCAUGGCGGCACCGCCCGCUCGAGGCCUCCCGCCACACGGCACGCAGGCCGGCUCCGCGCAUGCGCGGCGCGCCCGCUUCCAUUGGCUCGCCCUCUGGCCAGGCCCCGCGGGCGCCGCGCUGUGAUUGGUGGAAAGGGGCGGAAGCCGGCGGCGGGGGGAGCGGGGUGGCGGCUGCCGGGGCGGGUGCUGGAGCUGGUGUUCUCCUACCUGGAGCUGCGCGAGCUGCGGAGCUGCGCGCUGGUGUGCAAGCUGUGGUACCACGUCCUGCACGGCGACGAGAACAGCGAGGUGUGGCGCAGCCUGGCCGCCCGCUGCCUGGCCGAGGAGGCGCUGCGCACCGACAUCCUCUGCAACGUGCCCACCUACAAGGGCAAGGUCCGUGCCUUCCACCACGCCUUCAGCACCAACGACUGCUCCAGGAACGUCUACAUCAAGAAGAACGGCUUCACGUUGCACCGCAACCCCAUCGCCCAGAGCACCGACGGCGCCCGGACCAAGAUCGGCUUCAGCGAGGGCCGCCACGCCUGGGAGGUGUGGUGGGAAGGGCCGCUGGGCACCGUGGCCGUCAUCGGCAUCGCCACGAAGCGGGCGGCCAUGCAGUGCCAGGGUUACGUGGCCCUGCUGGGCAGCGACGACCAGAGCUGGGGCUGGAACCUGGUGGACAAUAACUUGCUGCACAACGGGGAGGUCAACGGCAGCUUCCCGCAGUGCAACAACGCGCCCAAGUACCAGAUAGGCGAAAGGAUUCGAGUUAUCCUGGACAUGGAAGACAAAACGUUAGCGUUUGAGAGGGGCUAUGAGUUCUUGGGAGUUGCAUUCAGAGGACUGCCCAAAGUUUGCCUGUAUCCGGCAGUGUCCGCCGUGUACGGUAACACAGAAGUGACUUUGGUCUACCUGGGAAAACCUUUGGAUGGAUGACAGAUGGUUUCAUUGGGACGUCAUGAUGUGGAUGACUGGGAGGAGAAAUCUGCAUGUUGGUUAGAGGGAAACAUGUAUUAGAGAAAAAAAAAAAGUGUGGGUGUGUGUCCAAGAACCAUCGAAGAAACCAUACAGAAUUUUGAAACGGAGGACCAGCCAUACUUCAGGAAUUGUUACAUUUCCUCUUUCUACCAGGCCAGAAAAAUCCUCAGGGUCGCAGUUGGUUGAGUGGGAAGCUGACACAUGCAUGUUGCAACAGAUUUCAUUGCUAGGACGGCGGUGCGUGACCUCAGAUAUUUAAGGAAGGAUUUGAUAUAAAACUGCUUGAGGAAAUUAACCCGAGGUUUGUAAGUAGUGUGUUUUGUGAAAGACUCCCAUUUUAAAACUGCUUGUUCCUCCCCUUCCCUUCCCUCCUCGGGGCUGACGUGGGUACCGGGGAGAGCGAGUCUGGUUGGGUUUUAUUUACAGUUUUUAUCUUACCGAGAAGGGUGGUCUGUCCGGCCUGCCCUUCUCCGGUAUAACGAUAUAAAACGUGUGCAGCUAUUUUUAAGUGUAUUUUAAGAACUGUAUAUGUGGAACACGUUGAAAAGAACAGUUAAAUCAAAAGAAAGGGUUUGCUUUAUUCUAACUGGGAUAUGAUUUCUUGAAGGGGAUUCAGAAAAACUUUGGACAGAUAAAUAACAUUCAUGUAAGUGUACUACUUCUGUUGUGUUGUAGAGCAUUUGGGAAUGCCCUUGUGGAGUACGGUGCUGCGUGGAUUCAUUUUCUGUGUAGCUGAAAGCUUCCGUAGCUUCAGCAAUAGUUGUGUUCUCUGUAGGAAACACAACAAAAAUUGCCCUGGAAGUUUUGUUUUUCCAAAAUUUAUGGUCCACCUUUAAGAAAGGAAGCUGCAACGCGGUGCUGAGCUCGUCUCCCUUUCCGCAUCAAAAAUACAAGGUUUUAAAAGCAUCCUUAUGCUUUCCAGUCGGUGCUGACUGUGGGCUCUGCAGGAGGGCUCCUUUGGUGGGGCACUAAAAUCUGAGAGCCGUGUGCCUGGCUCUUGGCUCUCGUUUCUUGGUUGCUGGUGUUUCCCAGAGCAAACCGGGCUGUUUCAGUUAUCAAUGGUGUGAUCUAUGGAGGGGGAGAAUGAAGUCUUCGUGCAUCCUCUCCUUGGUUUUGUACUGGAGAAUGUGAGUUGCUUCAUCUCGGAUGCUGACAGCUCUCCGAGCAAGAGGAAUGUCUCUUAGGCCGUUCCUUGUUUUCCCCCCUUUACUCGAGUGAUUGGAGGAAAGCGGCACAAGCAGGUAACUGAGAUGCCUUGUCUGCUGCUGGAGAGCUGUCCUUGGAGUGCUUUUUACACAGUAAAUACCCAAGUUCUGCACUGGAGCAGAGUAUGUGCGUUAUUACCAUUUAAAAGGAUUUAAAGUAUUUAUUUGUUUUAUGUGUUGUUUAUUGCUUCAAGGCGGUAUCGGUAUCGAGGUCAAUUUCUCUUGGCUGUGCUAAAGAAACAAACUUAUACAGUGAGAAAAGAUGUUUUAAAUGGUACUGAGAGCAACUGGCUGAUGAAGUGAGACCGACGCCAAGUGAGUACGUUUCGGGAAAACCAGUUAUGAGCGUUGGUUGGAUUAAACCACAGGGCUUGUGUCUGCCUGGCAGAACUGCGUGGCAUGAGGAGGGAAGCAGGAAACAAAAUCCUGUCCUGUUUCAGAGAAUAAGAUCUUUGCUGAGGUGUGUGUUCUCAGUAAAAAGUGGCUGCUGCGCUUGGUCGUGAAUCCAAUUAGAUGUAAGUAAACCCUGAGAACUUCGGAGGAGUUUCAUUCACAAAUGAAGAUUGAUUUCCCUUCUUCAGACUGCAUCUUACCCUCUAAAUUAUUUUCCUCUAAAUUAGGUGUGGUGAAAGCUGAACAUUCCUUAAGGGUGGGUUUGGGGGGACUCACAUAAAACUAUAACUUAUUCCUGGAGACCAAUGCUGGCUGUACAAAAUAUUAAAAUAAACUCUGCUAUAAUUCAGAA